AGCCACACUUCUUGGAUAGCUCUAAAACAGAACAAAAUGACUGAUGGGUUCUGCAGGGAGCAGUGUUUGCUUGAGAGCCUCUCCGCCGUGAGCUUCUCACUGUCUGAUCCCAGAAGGGCUGACUAGCAGAGAUGGUGUGACUGGUUUGAAUGGAGAGUAAAUAGUGGUUUUGAUAGGAGGUGAAUGUAAUCCCUGGCCUUCUUGGAGGUCAUGUACAGUAAUGAGCAGCGUGGAGUGAGCAGAAGUCACAGCAGUGGUGUUAGAUGGGGUGACACAUGCACAUGGGAUGGGGGGGAAGUGCAGGGGCAGAGCCCACAUGGAGGGCUGCUGCAGCUCUGGAGAUGAAUUGAGUCGGUCAUUUGCCAAGGAAUAACUUCAGAAAUACAAACCCUGCUUUCAUUUGCAGGAGUCUACAUGUAUGCUUUCUUACCUCCUUAAAUCAAGUCCAGAUAGCUAGCAGUUUUGCCUUGCUUUGUUAUAUUGUUAUGCACAGGGAUGGAGCAUUUUUUCCUUCUGAAUAUGCUGUUAACUUGUUUGGUGGGAUGGUAUUCAUUACUGUACAGGAAAUUCUGAAAUCCUUACAAAAGGCAGUAAGAUGUGGUAAUCAGAACCAGGCAGCAUGAAUUGCAGAAGCAGUAAUACUUGGUAGUAUAAAUAAGUACAGUGACUGUUGGGACUGGAAUGGUGAUUAUUUUUUUUCCAAGUUAGCUAGUAUUGAAAGCUGUAUUUUAACAUGCAAGGAGUUGUACUCCACCAUGCCAUAUAGUUUGUGACAAAGAAUUCCUAAGAAAAUUGGAAUCAGUGAGCUUAGUGAAACUUAGGUGUUUUUUAAUUGUGCGGGGAGGGGGAUAAGAUAUGUUGAUGUCGUAACAGGAGGGAAGGAGAAAUGCUUCAAGACAUUGUAGGGAGUUCUCAAAUACGUUGAUCUGCUGUCAGAUUUAAAGUCAGGUGAAACUAACCCAAAAGGAAAACGGCCACUGACUAGAAGUGGUAUUGUCACAUUGGCAUUUUAACUUUUUAUUUUUCCUUUAAAACAAGCUUUCCAUUUUAGGUUUCAAGCGAUGGCUGAUGAAGAUACAGGAAAGUAAACUAGGACCUGGGGUGUGUUUUGAUGUUUUGCUGCUGGUGAAUCUAAUUCUAAGAGCUAAUUAAAGCCGGGGCAAACAAGCCAUACUUGCAUUUAUAUUUAGAUGCUUUCCAGAUAAAGAAAUUUCCCUUUAUCUGAAUGCUUAAUAUUUCCUCUGGAACAGAUACCCACAAGUAGCAUGAUUAAAUAAGUUACGAGAUAAUGUUUUAUUUCUGUUCUGCUGAACGUUGUGUGUUCUGUUGUCUGCACUGUGAUCGUCUGCUGCAUGUGUUAACGCGGCUUCUGAGAAGGUUUUGUUUUGCAUGACUGCAGGAAAUUAGAACAGACAGAUUCAAUCGCUGGUGUUUAACACACAAUGCAGGUAUCAAAGCCUGUGACAGUUUCUUGCUUUGUGACAGCAGAAGACAAUGGAAAAUGUUAAAAUAUACAUGAGGAAAGCUUGCUAGUGCUUGAAACAGAUAGAAAGCCGGCAUCUGCAGGGGAACAGUCUGACUUCCAGGUGUGUUUUGCUGUUUUUCAGAAAUUAAAUAUAAAAUACAGAGGGUUAAGGAGGCAGACGCUGUAGAGACAUCUUGGAGGCUUCAGGUCACAAACGCUGACGGCCUCCUUGUGUUUCAGUCAGCGCCACAUUACGUGCUUUUAGCUUGUUCUGUCAGCACCGUUUGGGCAGUUCAAACACCUGCACAGGAAAGUGUUAUGAGAACUCCAUGGCAUUUUGCUUUCCUCCAUUGAGAACGAUGGAAUUGCUUUACUCCUGCUGAGGGCUGGAAGUGGGCAGAGCUGCUGGCUGCUCCUGCAUCUGCCCGGGGCUGUGGGAGCACAAAGGGGGCAGUGAGAGGUGAACGAGGUACGAAAGCGUGUUUAACACAAUAAAAAAAUAUCAUUUACAAAUUGUAAGGGAAGAACUGGACUUUAUUUAGUAAUGUCUUCUUUUGUGUCCAAGUGACUGGGGCCAUGCCGUGGCCAUAGGCAGCAGCAAAGCUACAACGCAGUGCUGAGAGGAUGCACAGUAAGUAUGUAACUGAGCAGGAGUCUCUCAUCCUCCUGCCUCGAUGCGUUCUCCCAAGCUGGAUGUGCAGAGGGGAAGAGCAGGGGCUGCUCUUUGCACUGCCGGUAGCAGAGCAGUCCCUCUCCCCGGGGCUCCCUAGAUAGAGCAGUGUGCACCGCACGCACCCAGGCGGCAACGGAACCCGCAGCCCCCACAGCGCGCACUGCUGAGGAGCAGCCCGCCACCGCGCCUUAAAUACCCCCCCGCGCGCCUCAAUGCCGUCACGUGACGGAGGAGGCUAGCCCCGGUGGCUUCCCAUUGGCCAACGCAGAAGCGGACAGCGAUUGGCUGGUUUCACCUCCCCCUCCCGCCCUUCCCACGUGAGGGGGGCGAGUCACGCGAUUUCCGGGAACCCGUCAGGAAGGGACAUAAACAAAACAAACCCCAAAGCCGCAUGGAGGGUCCGGGCCGGAGCGCGCGGGGCGGCGCCCCCUGCUGAGCCCCGACCGCUCGAAAACUACAAAUAGAAGAGCUCCAUAAGAGUGAACUGAAGUUCCCAUAAGGAAAAAUUUCAUUACAUGGAUUGUGUAAACUCACCAAGACUGAGGUAAAGCUGGAAAGAAAUCUACAAGUGAAUAAAACAAGAAGUUUGGAAUUGGAUUUGGGGAAUCUGGGCUUGGAAAUGCCUCAGCCCAGUGUGAGUGGAAUGGACCCUCCUUUUGGAGAUGCCUUUCGGAGCCAUGUGUUUUCAGAACAGACUUUGAUGAGCACAGAUCUCUUGGCAAGCAGUUCAGAUCCAGACUUCAUGUAUGAACUGGACAGAGAAAUGGACUACCAGCAAAGCUCCAGAGACAACUUACUUUCAAUGGAGGACUGCAAAGACCUUGAGAACUUAGAGUCUUUUACAGACAUCCUGGACAAAGAAGCUGCUUUCACCUCAAAGUGGGAGCAGUGGGACACGUACUGUGAAGACUUAACUAAAUACACUAAACUAACCAGCUGUGACAUUUGGGGAACAAAAGAGGUGGAUUACUUGGGCCUUGAUGACUUUUCAAGCCCAUACCAAGAUGAAGAGGUGAUAAGCAAAACACCGACUCUGGCUCAGCUUAACAGUGAGGACUCCCAGCCUGUUUCAGAUUCACUCUGUUAUCCUGAUUCACUCUUUAGUGUAAAACAAAACCCUUUAAAUUCUCUGUUACCUGGAAAAAAAAUUGCUAGUAGAGCAGCAGCCCCAGUCUGCUCCUCCAAGAAUGUUCAGGCUGAGGCACCUUUGUCGGACUAUGUUCAAAAGGCAAGCAAACCCGCGACACAGCCUGCUUCCAGUACACAAAUCAUGGUGAAGACCAAUGUGUACAAUAAUGAAAAGGUGAACAUUCAUGUUGAAUGUAAAGACUAUGUUAAAAAGGCAAAAGUAAAAAUCAAUCCUUUACCACAGAGCAGACCAGUGUUGAGCCAGACACAUGCAGAUGCAGCAAAGGAAAAUACCUGUUACUGUGGUGCUGUAGCAAAGAGACAAGAAAUAAAAGAGUCCCCACAUAGUCACUGUACGCCUCCUGUUUUGCCUUUUAAAGAGACUCAAGAACUGCUCCUCAGAGCACCCCAGGAAACUCCAGGACUUGUUGUGGGGGAGAGCAGCCUUUCUGCCAGCACAUCAGCAUCAGAUUCAUCACAGAAAAAAGAAGAACACAACUAUUCUCUUUUUGUAACAGACAGUGUGGGUGAACAGUCGGCCAAAGGAGACCUUGAAGAAGAUGAGGAGGAUGAGGAAGAUAUUGAAGAUGAGGAUCAUGAUGAAGGAUUUGGUAGCGAGCAUGAGCUAUCUGAAAACGAUGAUGAGGAAGAAGAUUAUGAGGAUGAUAAAGAUGAUGACAUCAGUGAUACUUUCUCAGAACCAGGGUAUGAAAAUGAUUCUGUGGAGGAUUUAAAAGAAAUGACUGCAAUAACCUCUCGAAAAAGAGGCAAGCGAAGAUACUUCUGGGAGUACAGCGAGCAGCUGACGCCAUCCCAGCAGGAGAGGAUGCUGCGGCCAUCGGAGUGGGACCGAGAUACAUUACCAAGUAACAUGUACCAGAAGAACGGUCUGCACCAUGGUAAAUAUGCAGCAAAGAAGUCACGGAGGACUGAUGUAGAAGACCUGACUCCCAAUCCCAAAAAACUUCUACAGAUUGGUAAUGAGCUGCGGAAGCUGAAUAAGGUGAUCAGUGACCUGACGCCAGUCAGCGAACUUCCCUUAACUGCCAGACCAAGGUCAAGAAAAGAAAAGAACAAGCUGGCUUCCAGGGCUUGUAGACUAAAGAAGAAAGCCCAGUAUGAAGCCAAUAAAGUAAAACUCUGGGGUCUCAACACAGAAUAUGAUAAUUUGCUGUUUGUGAUCAACUCCAUUAAACAAGAAAUUGUUAAUCGAGUGCAGAUGCCUAAAGAUGAUAGAGGAGUCAACAUGGAACAAAGGUUGAACAUACUUAUUAAAGAUACUCUCGGACUUCCUGUAGCUGGACAGACAUCAGAAUUUGUGAAUCAAGUGUUAGAGAAGACUGCAGAAGGAGACCCCACAGGUGGCCUUGUAGGAUUACGAAUACCAAUGUCAAAAGUUUAAGACAUGACUUCACCUGUUCUCAUUGCUCACAUUCUUCCUGUGUUGUCAAGUACUUCACUGUAAAUUGCAUUCUGGUCUGCAUGUCAGUUUAGCAUUAUGUAAACACUUACAAUUAGGUUCCAUUAUUUUUAAACAACAACAUAGAAAAAAAAAUCAAAGCAUGGAAUAAAAUGCCUCGUAGCAUUUUUGGAGCAUAAAAUAGAUAGUUCUAAAGCUGCUUUGAGAUUGCGUUCAGAGAUGAGGGCUCUUUUUAAAAUUAAGUUCUAGGACCAGACUUACCACUUUUGUUUUAGAAGCAAAACCAUAUUUUUGCUAGUAAAAUUUUUUUAGCAUAUGCCAGACGUAGUGGCAGGUUUAUGCUCCUAGCAAAACAAGAGGAAGCAUUUUUUUUAUAAAGGUGACAAUUCAGUUUUUUCUGUUGUUGUUUUUGUAUUUGUUCUUGUUUGCUGUUUUGAAAUAAUUGGAUUUCCUUUGUUCUUCUUAAAAACAGUAAGCUUUCUUUGCAACCAUUAACUUGUACAUAGCACACGUGGCUUCAGAGCUGGUGUGCCAUAUAAACUUUAAUUUUUCUGAGCUUAAUAUAGUAUUUAAAUGUCUGUGCAAGCAGGAGAAAAAAAAGUAUAUUCUUUGUGCCUUGUAUUUUGAGGGGAGAGCUAUCAGUGUAAGCUGGUAAAGUUUUGUAUGAAGAAAACCCCGAGGGGAAAAAAAAACAAGAUGUACAGAUGGUGAGAUUAUAGGUUUUAAUGUAUUUGUUCCAGCUCUUAAAAUUUUUGAAUGUAUAUAGGAAUAUGUUGAAAAUGUAGAUAUAUGCCACAGAGUCUAUGUAUUGUAUAAAAGAUGGCUCUAGAAAACUCAAUUUCGGUACUUUGGCCGGAAGAAAACCUAUACUUGCACAUUAAUGCGAUUGUUUAUUUUUGUACCAAAGACAAAUGCAACUGAUAUGGCGAACUGCCAGUCUAAGUAAAGUUUUGCACAGCUUAUAUGAUACUGUACUGAAUGUAAAAACAAAUGAAAAAAAAAAAAGAAAAAAAAAUUACAAGGUCAGGGUUAGGGAUCUUACUGAACUGUGAAUUUUUUUUGUUUGGGUCCAAUUAUCUACAGAAGGAGCAUUCAUACAUAACGAUAUUAUUUUGCUGUUCUUGUAGUUCGCUUCCAUGGUAGAUAAGUUGGUGGCCGUCUCGGAGUCUUUAAAUCUUUUUUCUCUGCACUUACUGUAGGAGAUUUUAAUAUAUUUGGAUUUUAGUAAGCUAUUGGUAAAAUAGUUUUCAACUUUGAGAAUUUAAAGAAAUAUUUAGCUUGUUGUAGUAUACUUCCAACAAACAACCAAAAUAAAAUUAUUUUUAUUGUAAUGUGUAUAUAUGUAAAGAGAAAAAAGAGCUACAGAUAUCUAAUUCCUUAGUUGCCACUUUUCCAGUUGAUGUAUUAUUAUGCAUGUGAUGUUUCCAAGGAUCAACACAGGCUUCAAACAAAACGAGACAAAAAAAAAAAAAAAGUUUAUAGACUUUUAUAUUUUUGUACAGGUAUUUCAAAACUAGCUUCUUCAAACUUAUAUGUGACUUAUUCUUGUUAAUUCAGUAGUUUCUAUGAUUGGGAAAUAUUAACACAGUUCUUAUUUGCUCUUCUGCUAAUAAGAGUUGGCUUUGUAGUCAGUGUUAACGUACAGAUAAAAAGCUUUAGCCUUUGAUGAAAGUCCUUUAUCUCAAGGCAAGAUCAUUCUCUGGUUUCAUGGACCCCCUUUUCCUCCCCGUUCUUUCUCUCCCUAUUUAAAAAGACAGAACACUGUUUACUGAAAAUAGAAAUACCAAAUAUUUUCAAAUGUAGCUGCUGAAAAAAAUGCAAAGUCCAUGAAGGCUUUCUCCCCACUCCCUUUGGGGAAUCUCUCCACUUCGUAUCUAGUUUGUCUGUGUUUGUACUGUGAUUCCUUUUUGUUUAUAUGUAGGUUAUUUUUAUAUCUGAGCUUAUACUAUAAAAAAGUCUGUAAUAGUGCAGUGAGAGUCGCAGAUGAAGGUGGCAGUCCUGCCACAUGCUGGUGAGUGUGCACACAGCUUACUUUGUAUCUAAAUAUUUUGGAAGACUCAAAAGGGAGGAGGAGGCCAAAAUACCACUACUGAGCUGUACAGAAAGUUUUUCCUUCACGAGACUGAACAAAUACCCAGAGCAAUUUAGGCAAAACUUUGUAAAUCCACUUAAGAUUUGCAAAAUCAGAGUGGGCUUUGGGUGUUCUUAUUGCUCUCACAGUGAGGUGAGAGUCGGCUGCUGCUUUACACAGUGGGUCAGAUGUAUUCCUAUCGUAAGCAUUGCCAAUGUUACACUUAUUCCAGAGAUGCAUACUGCCCAUAAAACCCCGACAAAGAAUGUUUCUUGUGAAGAUAAGGCCACGUCUGUGCAAAGAUUUGAAUAGUCGUUCCUUUUUGAUGAACGGUGUUAGCGCACGGCUCCGACAGGAGGGCUCCUUUUGCUCUCUCAGAACCAUGUAGGCGAGGCGGCGUUUCUAAACAUUACAAGCAGUUUUGCAAUCAGGUAAAAACUUUUGUGACAAAUUGAACUGACAAGGUAUCAGAAAGCCCCUACUGCUCAGAAGUGCUGGGCAAAUAGAACUUUAUAGCUCUUUAUUUUUAUCUGAAAACCAGAAUAUGAUUUUGGUCUAGCAUUUCAAAGUAGACUUUGAAUCUUUAGUGAAUUCCAUACCCUUGCAUUUCAGUGUUUUCUAUGUAUUAUUUUAAGUUAAAGCUUUUGAAUAGUUGAGCUUUUUAAUGUUGACACUUUAUUUUGUACCUAUUUAUAUGUAUGUAUAUCUUAGAAAAGCACUUUGUUUAAAAAGGAGAAAAGAAAAAAAAAAAAAAAAAAAAAAGAAACUGCGUUUUAUAUGAUUCCUGCCACUUGCUGCUAACUCUGGGCUGGUCAGAAUGCUGCAGCGAUACUUGAUAUAAAUAAAACCUGGCAGUAAAAUGUAGAGUACAGAUAAGACCUUUUGCUGGUUUAACUUUAUCAUAAAGGUGACAUAGGCAAGCUGUGCAGCUUUACAUUUUAACCAGGGGACUCUGUGGCAUUUAAACCGUCUAGAAAUGGUUGUACUUUAAUGCCAGUAACAAUCUGCUUCCUCUAGUGUCAUUACAAUAUAUACAUUUAGUGUAUACUUAUCACAAACAAAAUCUUUUAAGGGUAUAAAAACCAACAAAUGUACAUGUUCUGUUUUUUGGCAAUUGUGGCAUGCGUUUUUGGGUGAUCUUUAGAGAAGACCAUUUUCUAAAGAUUUUCAGUGUUCAUACAUGGUAUGUGGAUCUUAAUGAAGUCCUGGAUUAUUUUUUGUUUGUUUGUUUGUUUUUGAGUGUAGGCAUUGUGAAUAUUCACUUUUAAUCCUAUAUCCAAAAACAAUUAUACAUCUUUGAUUUAACACAAACAGAAGUUCUUCCUUUUUCUGAUACACUGGAUUCUCUAGGAUUUGUUUCCAUAUUAAAAGCAUGCUGUUAUAACUGCUCUUGUUAAAAUCUUGUCAGUCUGAACUUAGGUGCCACACUUUCUGACUCGAUGGACUGCUUGUUCUACUGUACCAUGUAUGAUUCUUGUCUUUUCCUACUUUCUUCAUGAGAGAUUAUGAUGUGGCUUUAUAUUGUGCCUUACUUGUACAUCUAGAACUAAAUGUUUUUCAUUACCCUUGAACUCUUCAAGCCUAACCCCUCCAAAAGCGAAUCUGAACUGGUAAAAGCAUCCUGAAGAGAGUUUGGAUAGAUCUAUUUUUGUUUCUCUCAAUAGCAGUUAUUUUCUAUUUAUAUGGAUGACCAGUUUUUGAAUGGCCUUGCAGAAUGUGGGGGUGCUCACAGAGGGCAUUUUUGAGCCCUACACCCCUUUUUGCUAACACUUCUUUUAUGGUUUGUUGAACACACUUACUGAUAUUUGGUGAGUUCUUUUCUUGGAUGAGAGAGACUUAUUAAUAAAACUAUUAGGUGUGGGUGGGCUGGAUUUUCUUACCAUGCCAGCUGAAGCGUGAUUUCAUGAAGUUUGCAUUGCUGCAAAGUUGAUGUGAGAGUUGGGCUCAGCUGUGUUCAGUCCCUGAUCCUUUCUAGAUAGCAGACCCUUUGCCACUGUUAAAUAAAGCUGGGAAAAAGUUGAAACCAGAAAAAUCUAAAAUCUGAACGGAUGAAGGGUCUGCUAGCUGAUCUAAAAGCAACCUGGUGUCGUUUUUUUCUUUUAUCCAAAAAAGGUCCCCCCUGCCCAACAUUUAUCCAGUAUUUGCCUUCGUUAAUAAAACAGCUUAUUCAUAAAAUACAAAGAAUGGAUGUGCUUUUCUUUUUUUUUUUUCAUAAAUGAUUUAAAUAUAGCUAUUUUUUAAAGCAAGAGGCUUUAUCAGGAAAAUUUUAAAGGGUUGUAUAUAAGUUGCCUUUAACAGAAAUAGCAAAUGCAGUUCUGUUCCUCUAACUUGCUUGCUAGUCUUCCUGAAAUUCUGUUGAGGCGUAACCAGUUGUGUACUAUGAAUGUUAGGGUCUGUAUUCGGCCUUGAGACCUGAAUUUCAAGAAUGCAUCUAAUCAUUAUUUUGAAGUUGGAGGCUUCAGUUGGAAUUACCUAGUUAAGUGUGCUGCUAGAUGUGGUCUUGGCUUAUUGACACAGCCAUGCACAGAGCUGAAAUCUGUUUUGUUUUACCCCAGGGAUCGUGUGAAGUACAUUUCAGUUACUGCUUCAGUGACUGAUUCUUUUUGUAACUGUAUUAAGGGCAUUAGUACGUUGAGACAACACCACUCUUGAAUAUCUCCCAAUACAACUUGGGAUUCUUAAAUGUCGUUAAUGAAAGAUGGCACUUUUAGGCUGUAUCUUCUUUGCAAUAUACAAAAGUAUCUCUAUCUUUGUGUGAUUUGCAUUUCACAACAUGCCAUGUUGUUCCCCAGUGCUUCUCGCGUGUAGAAAAGGCGUGUGUGUGCACUGCGUGACAGCCCUCAGCCUCUCAGACAUCCGUCAACUUCCACAAGAGUAAAUGCUGGCAGUGCGUUUAUUGGCUUUCUAAUGAGCAGUGGAGCUAAAAGCAGAACCAGAACUAUCUUAAGCCACGCUGUUUUUUCAUAAAAUGAAAGGCUUUCUGGAAAACACCAGUGUUCCAAGGUUUUCCUGCGAGUAGUUGCUACUUACGUGUCUGAGUAAGUCAAAUCAUCCAUCUACAGAGGGAAAAUUUCUGUGUUGGAUUUAGCACUGACAAAAGCACAAUCCACCCGAGGAAAACCUUUCGAUUAAGAGCCGACCCCGGGAGUAGCAUUUAAUUGUACUGAUCUUUUGUAUGGUAUGGGCUCGUUUGAGUCAGCUGUGCCUCAGCACGUCUGUAAAACCUCACUGCUCGGUGUCUGUGCUCAGGUGACCCCGAGGGCUGAUGGCACCUGGGGGGAAAAGGCGUUUCCAGCAGAACAUGGCAUCCUCCAUCAUCACCGGCUUCCAAUGGGAGCUGGGAGAAACUCCAUGAAAGUCUCGUCUCUGUUAGCAAAUAAAUUCUCCUGUUAAAAGCAUGAUCUGUUCAGAGUUGCAAUGUUCGAUGUCGGUUAAUAGCUGUGCAGUUUUUAUUAUCUUUUUUUUUUUUUUUUUU